AGUUAUUUGUAACACUUGGCACAAUAGGACGUGGUGUGAAACCGUGAUGUGAGGUAAUGACGUAUCUACGAUAACAAUAACAAAGGAUUCCUGACUGGUUUAGCACAGAUUAUUUACUAACUUUGGUCCUUACCUUUCAGAUCUACACAUGUAAUACCAUUUACAUUCACAUUUCAUUAUAAUUGAAUGCUAAGUACUUCUGCCUUUCCUUUGUUAUGUAUCGGUUCAGAAUUAUUUUUAAGUUUUGGCAUACGAAUUUAUAACAUGAAAGAAAUAUUAGAGACAACAGUACAAAGAUGCUGUUCGUUUCAAAUUUCUUCCUGCAAACCAAUGAGAGGAGAGUUGAAACUAAACGUGCCGACGGUGUCCCUGGGCCUGGCGAUGGGCUGGGUGUCGCUGGCGAGCGGGGAGAGUGAGGCGGGGCUGGGGGCGGGGGGCUCCGACUGCCGGCUGGUGGUCGCCGCCACCGUCACGUUCGCCGCCGCGCUGCUCGGAGUACCGCUCAGCGCGCGAGCCUUGACUUUCGGAAGGAAGUUCGCCACUGUUGCUACGUCACUUGCUUUUGUGGUGUGCUGGUCGCUGAAGCUGGGCAGCCUGCGAGCGGCGGAGCCGGGCUGGUGGGUGGUGGCGGCGCGCGUGGCGGCCGGGUUCGGCAGCGCCGGCGCGUACUCCAUAGCGCCGUUGCUGGCUAGAGAGAUGUGCGAGCGCGCGGUGGCGGGCGCGGCGGUGUCAGCGCUGGUGCUGGCGCACAACCUCGGCAUCCUGCUCAUGUACCUCGCCGCCGACCAGGGCCUCGCGCACAGAACAGUUUUGUGGAGCUGCCUGGGGCUGUCGGUGGUCCAUUGCGUGGUUUUCUUAUUUGUACCAGAAUCUCCUGCUUACUUGGCCGCCAAAGGACAACAUGAGAAGGCGCGGUCGUCGGUGGCGUGGCUGCGCGGCGCUCGGCGCGACGAUCCCAUGCUGGCGCAGGAGCUGGCGGCGCUCCCUCCGCCUGACGACAGCUCCGUGUUUCAAACGCUGAAGGAGCUCUUAAGCGACCGCACGCGGCGGCGGGCACUGGUGAUCGCCAUCGUCGCGGUGGUGGGCCAGGAGACGUGCGGCAUCUUCACGCUGAUCCAGUUCGCCGAGCGCACGUUCGUGAUCGUGCGCGACGAACACGCCGAACAAGCCGAGCGUGCUCCAGUGUACGGAGAGCUCGUCUCGCCGGCGAGGUACGCGCUGUGGCUGGGCGUCGUGCAGUUUGUCGCGUCUGCAGCGGCGCUGUAUUUGGUCGAGAGAGUUGGAAGAAGGCCACUGAUUGUGUACACGGCGUGGCUGACGGGGCUGAGCCUGGCGGCGGCGGCGCUGUGCGUGCGGCUGGAGGCGCGGCAGCUGAGCGCGGCCGUGCUGCUGGGCGCGGCCGUCGCCUUCGACAGCGGCGGCCUGCAGCCCGCGCCCUACGCGCUGCUCGCUGACAUGUUCCACUACCAGUUCCGAAGCAGCGCGAUGAUGGUGGCGACGAGCGGGACCUGCAUCGGCAACGCCCUGGAGGUGGCGGUGUUCCCGGUGCUGGCGGCGCGCGCCGGCCUGUGGCCCGCGCUGGCCGCCUCCGCCGCGCUCACCGUGCUGUUCGCAGUGUUCGCCAUGUUCGUCAUCCCUGAAACCAGAAACAAAACGCCGGACGAAAUCUACGCCGACAUGAAGCGGUCCCCGAUUGCUUGUUUCGCGAAAGAACCCUUCGAAAGCAAAGAGAUUCCUGAAGCGUACUCGGACGAGCAGCUUCCAUGCGACGGAGUUUAUGUUAAGCUUGUCAUGCGAGAGAUGGGUCUCCUAGACAAGUUGUCAGUAUGGCUGGGUCGCGGCAAGACGGAGGUGACGGUGCUGGUGCUUGGCCUCGACAACAGCGGCAAGAGCACGAUGCUGAACACGCUGCGGGCACCCGACCAGCGCGCCCAGGUGUUGCCCACUGUCGGACACCAGCAGGAGACCUUCCAGACAGGCGGAGUGACGUUCAGCGCGUGGGACGUGUCGGGAGCGCCGCGCCACCGCGCGCUGUGGGAGCGCCACUACCGCCGCGCGCACGCAGUCAUCUUCGUCGUCGACUGCUCGGACCAUCUCAGGCUCGUGGUGGCCCGCGAGGAGCUGGAGCUUAUGUUAGCGCACCCGGACAUGUGCGGGCGCCGCGUGCCGCUGCUCGUGUUCGCCAACAAGUGCGACGCGCCGCUCGCUCUCGCGCCCAUGCAAAUCGCCUCAGCGCUUUGCCUGGAGCGCAUCACAGACAAGCCGUGGCACAUCUGCGCGUCGGACGCGGUGUCGGGCGCCGGGCUCGCGGACGGCGUGUCGUGGCUCGCGAGGCAGAUCAAACACACGACGCUACACAACUAGACAUCAUUCUAUUCUAUAUCACACGGAGCGCAUCACAGACAAGCCGUGGCACAUCUACAAACAGAACAUUGAACAGAAUACUUACAUUCCAAUAUCCAACACACACAUUUUUUAAUACACAUACCUAGGUAUUCGAUUUGUAAGGAUAGCUUUGUGAUGAUAUUUUUCGUUAUACCUAUAACUAGGUUGUAGAUUUCAGCAUGAAGACAGGUAUUAUUAGUAAUAAGUAAAUUGUAAUAUCUACUUAGUAGGUACCUAGUCACGAUUACGAAAUUUCAAAUAACAAAGUUUCGAUUUUUCUUAUAGGUAGGUACUAUUAUUAUGAAAUACAUAUUUAUUUAUUUAUGUAUUAUAAUGAUAGGAAAUGAUAUAAAAGUAGGUAACUGAGUUACUGAUUUAUUUCCAAAAUAUGCGGAUGGAGUAAAGGAAUAAAUGAGUCUAUAUUGGUAUUGGGUAUUGAAUGAAUUUAUGUAGAUUUUAUCUGGCAAAUUUAUGAAAUUUACUUCGGAAAAAGAGAGGUGCUACUCAGAUUUCCUACAGACGAAUUGGAACGUAAUGUAUAUUAUGUAUCUAUAUAGCUAUUUAUUUUCAUGAAUGUGAAAGAAAACUAUAAGAACAUAAACGUAAGCCUAGAUUUUUUACACUAAUUUGUCAGGAAUAAAUAAAUACAUUAGGACAAAUCACACAGAUUGAGCUAGCCCCAAAGUAAGUUCGAGACUUGUGUUAUGGGAUACUAACUCAACGAUACUAUAUUUUAUAACAUAUACAUAUAUAGAUAAACAUCCAAGACCAAUCAAGGCCAAUCAGAAAAAGAUCAUUUUCCAUCAUGACCCGACCGGGGAUCGAACCCGGGACCUCUCGGUUCAGAGGCAAGCACAUUACCAAUGCGCCACCGAGGUCGUCAUAUAAUAAAGUUUGAGACGCUGAAGUUACGCGAACGAGUUGGCAGGCGAUUCGUCUAGUUCGCUGAACGAGACUUGCUUUGAUACGAGUGUGAUAGCAGCAGGACUGACACCUGCCACGAUUUAUUUCUAGUUGAAAAUCUAUUUGUAUUCAUAUCUUAUGCAAUUCAACGUAAUUUGUAUGAAAAUUGUAUUCUACAAGUUUGAUUUUAAGUGUGUGGUUUGGAUUAUUGUAAAUCGCAGCAGUGGGACCUGUAGCUACAUAAACAUAUACCAACUAGGUAUGAUUUCAAAAACUAAGGUAACUUCAUUUUAAGUAGACUGUUGUAAGAUGUUUCCCGUAUAAAAUUAGACAAGACUUGCUAGUCUUGUUAGUGCGGGAUGCCAUCAGGCAGGCAAACCACAGUCGAACCUUAAAAAUUGUGAAGUAUAUUUUUACUGUAUUAUUUUUAUGUUGCGUUUUGUGGCCUCACAGCCCCGAAUGUAGCCGGGAACACGCGGAUGUACUUAGAGAAAUCCGUAGUUGACGGUGUGAGUAAUGAUCCCGCGCCAAACUCCCGUUGUGUGUUCGGAGUGGGCAUCGGAGCGCGAGAUCCUGCGCGUGCCGCCCGCGCGCGGUUAAUGGCUGACUGAGAGAUGACAAAAUAGUGAUAAAUCUAUUGUAAGGACGUAUAUUUAUUAAUAAAAAUAGAUGUUGCCGACAGUCUUCAAUAAAAUUGUCAAUACAUACAAAGAAAUACUACCUACACACCAUGUUCAUCGCGGCAGCAACCCAUCAGGAACAAUCAUUUUAUGGAGCAACGAGAAUACUGACUGAAGUUACAGUAAAACGGUCUAUUUUUACCAUUAUCAUUAAUAGGUUUCUGUUUGGUUUCUUUAGUUGCUCUUAUGAACCGAUAAAUUAUUCUGUGAUUUCAGCUGCCAACGCUCCCACGUUGGCUUGAUAUUGGGGUGACCCCACUUGAUAUUUGUGCUGACCUCAGAACAAGAAAAUUAUAUUUUUAUUGUAUCUACCUGAAGUCUUGAAAAAAGAAGUUCAGCAUUCGUGCGUGUGCGUGCGUGAGCUGAGCGAGCGAGCGAGGCACGCGGCCGCGGCCGGCAGUCGCUCGCGCGUCGCCGGCGCGAUUGCACUUGUCGUCACGAGGGUUACGGAGCGUUGCGAGCCGGUUGUGAAACUUACGGAGCGCGCGAGUUCCUAAUUCAAAUGUGUUCGGGUUAUCUUUGUGAAAAAUAUUUGAAAUUUUGAUUAUUAUUCGUAAUUCAUUCAAUAUAACUUUACAAUAUACAUUUUUGUGGUUAAUAUAAAAGAAUUUCGCUUUGUGCUCGAUUCCGUUGUUAUUAUUCUGUAAUUUUUUGUGAAAAUAAUCCGGGGGUAGUGACACUGAAAUUCAUUCAAGAGGACAAUCGUGUCAUGGCAUAGAAUUGGGCGAUGUGGAGUGCGGUUGACGAAAAAUUCGCAGUGUAUGUGUAAUACCGGCGGGAAUAUGGACAAAAACUUCAAUCAUAACUUACGAACUGAAUUUAAAUUAACUAAAUUGUGAAUUAGUAAAAAACAUUAAUGUUGAAAAUGAUGAAAAAUUUAGUAUUAACAAUGAAGAUACUGGUCUAGAGGACAGUGUACAUUCUAAACGACAGUAAAGUAUAAACAAUGUGAGUGACAGUACCGGCGUGAUUGAAGAGUAAG